UGCUAGCUAGAGCUAGCGUCAUUACAAACCAUAGCAACCAUGGCUUUCAAAGCUUUUUCUCUCCUCUCAUUGACUCCCCUCCUCCUCGUCCUCGUCUUCCUCCCUCUCCUUUCUCAUGCAACUUCACCAAAGUCGCAUGACAAAAAAUCUUCACCCUUCGAGUUUCUCAAGCACCUUCAGGGAUGUCACAAGGGUGAUAAGAUCAAAGGCAUCCACGACCUCAAAAAAUACCUCGAAAAAUUUGGUUAUCUAAGCUAUAGCCAUUCCAAAAAAAACACCCAUGCCAACGACGACGAUUUCGACGAGCUCUUGGAAUCAGCCAUCAAAACUUACCAACUCAAUUACCAUCUCAAUGCGAGUGGCACUUUGGAUGACAAAACAGUAUCAAAGAUGAUGAUGCCUCGUUGCGGCGUGGCAGACAUCGUCAAUGGUACAAAUUGGAUGCGUCCGGGAAAGAAGGGGCAUCACAACGGCCAUGGCUCAUUGCAUACCGUCUCUCACUAUUCUUUCUUCCGCAACAGUCCAAAGUGGCCGCCCUCCAAGUAUCACCUCACUUAUGGAUUUCUCUCUGGCACCCCAACCGCAGCCAUGAACCCCGUUGCACAAGCCUUCCAGACAUGGGCCUCACGCACACACUUCUCCUUCUCACAGGCUCAAGGCGUUUCAAACGCGGAUAUUAAAAUUGGUUUUCAUCGUGGGAAUCACGGAGACGGGAACCCUUUUGAUGGAACCGGUGGCAUCCUGGCUCAUGCUUUUGCUCCAACUGACGGGAGAUUCCAUUAUGAUGCAGAUGAGUCAUGGAGUGUGGGUGUGAGGCCAGGUGCAUUUGACUUGCAGACAGUUGCCUUGCAUGAAAUUGGUCACCUUCUUGGACUCGGGCAUAGCGAAGUUGAGGGAGCUAUCAUGUACGCUAGCAUCUCUGCAGGAGUGAGCAAAGGUCUGCAUGCUGACGAUAUUCAAGGAAUUAAAGCCUUAUAUAACGUUUGAGAAGGAAUAAUUAAUAUAUGUCUAAGGAUUUAGAAUAAAGUGUUCCGAUCCCACCAUUUAUAAAAUAAAGUAGCUAGGAUCGAUGAUGCUCGUGAAAGUAAGCUAUAUAUUUUACCAAGAGAGAAAGAGAGAGAGAUUAAUUAGCCUUAUAUAUAUAGUUAAUAAAAAAUUGUACUUUUGCUUCAAUUAAUGUACUUUUUCUUCAUAUAUAUUGUAACAAGAACGCCUGUUUUUAUUGUAAUAUGGAUAUUGUGGAAUCUUAUAAUGAAU